AUGGGAGGUGCAGAGGAAAGGCACGGACGGACCGUAAACAUGAGGAUGCCGAGUGUUCUGGCCGUGGUCACGGUCUUUUCUCUGAUUCCUGGCGGGGUGCUCAGCGAUACGAGAGGCGCUCAGGGUCUGGAAGCCCAACAAUUGGCCCAAGGGUCUACUCAUCUGCACCGUCGCCUGAAGAGAGGCUGGAUCUGGAAACAGCUGUUUGUCCCCGAGGAAGAUCCCACUCCUCGCGUUAUUGGCCAGCUCAAAUCCGACUACGACCGAGGUGAGUUUUCCAUCAAGUACAUACUAUCAGGAGAAGGGGCCGGGGACGCGUUCGAGAUCGACGAGUACUCCGGUGAGAUCCGGACUCUGAAGAAGCUCGACCGAGAGGAAAAGGCCUUCUACGUCCUUCAGGCCCAGGCUAUCAACAGGAGGUCCAAUGAACCCGAGGAACCCGAGUCGGAGUUCAUCAUCAAGGUGCAGGACAUCAAUGACAAUGCCCCGCAGUUCCAGAACGAACCGUAUGUGUCCAGCGUCCCUGAGAUGUGUCCAACUGGGACCACAGUGGCCCAGGUGACGGCCACAGAUGCCGAUGACCCCAUGUUCGGAAACAACGCCAAGCUCAUCUACUCCGUCCUGCAGGGGGAGCCCUACUUCUCCGUGGAACCAAAGACGGGGAUCAUCGUAACAUCGUGGCCGAACAUGGACCGCGAGGCCAGAGAGCAGUACCUGGUGGUGGUGCAGGUGAAGGACAUGCUGGGCCUCAGCGGCGGUUACUCCGCCUCCACCACCGUCACCGUCACCCUGACGGAUGUCAACGACAACGGGCCCACCUUCCAGCACCACCUGUACACGUUUUCCGUCCCUGAAAAUGCGGCAGUGGGCACCACGGUGGGCAGGAUCAUGGCGCGGGAUGGAGACACUGGUAUCAACGCCAGGAUGACCUACAGUCUGGAGGAUGACCUGGAGGAAAGCUCCACCUUCAUCAUCGAAACAGACCCGGUGACGCAGGAGGGACUGGUUCUGCUCGCCAAGCCUUUGGACUACGAAACCAAAAGGCGGUUCGUCAUGGCCGCCGAGGCGGUCAACGAUCACGUGGACACUCGUUUUCUGCCUCUGGACGAGUUCAGGGACCGGACGACGCUCAAGAUCGUGGUGGAGGACGUGGACGAGCCGCCCGUCUUCCUGCCGGCGGCCCGCGAGUGGAAAGUCCCCGAAAACGCCGCCGUGGGAACCGUGGUCGGCAGCGUCAGCGCCAGAGACACCGACGCCGUCAACAACCCCGUCAGAUAUUCGAUCGACAAAAGGAGCGAUGCCACAAAAGCUUUCAGAAUAGACCCAAACAAUGGAACUAUAACUGUCGCUAAAGCUUUGGAUCGGGAGGCUGCCGCCUGGCACAAUGUGACGGUUGAAGCCGAGGAGACGACGGCGAACCAUUUAUCCUCGUCGGCGGUGGUGUUCGUCAAAGUGCUGGACAUAAACGACAAUGUGCCGCGGCUGGCGAGAGAUUACCGGCCAUUUAUCUGCGAGGGAACACAGGCGGGAGAACUCAUUCAGCUGCUCAGCGUCGUUGACCCCGACGACCCCGUCGAGGGACACCACUUCUACUUUUCCAUGGUCUCCGAGGAGCACAUCAAUCCAAACUUCACCAUCAGAGACAAUCAAGACAACACGGCCGGUAUCGUGGCGCGCAGGAGCAGCUUCACGCGCAGGGAUCGAACCCGCUACCUCCUGCCCGUCGUGGUGACGGACAGCGGCUCGCCGGCGCUCUCCGGUACCAGCACGUUGACCAUCAGCGUGUGCAGCUGCCAGCCCGCUGGACAUUGUCCCACGGGGGGGGUGGAGGCCCUCGCCCUGCCUAUGGGGGUCAGCAUGCAAACCUUGUUGGGGCUCCUGGUCUGCCUCGUCACACUCACAGCGCUGUCGGUUCUCUUGCUGGUGGUGAGGAGGCACCGGCGGAAGCAGCAGGAGGCACCGCAGGCGGAGGAUCUGGGGCUGCCGGAGACGGUGUCGCAGAAGGUGCUGUAUUACGGGGAGCCGGCGGGCGGGCGGGCGCACCUGGACUUCUGCCAGCCCGCCGUCGUCCCGUUGCGCCACCACCCGAGGAGGAGGGAGCGCAGGCUGCGGAGGGAGGACGUCAGGGCGAGCAUACGGAUGUCCCUCAGAGAAUCGCACCUCAUCGGGCCGGACGACGACGUCUUCCGACAGUUCAUCCUGGACCGGCUGGCAGAGGCGGAUCGGGACGCUUGCGUUGCUCCUUUCGACUGCGUGAGAACCUACGCCUACGAGGGGUCGGGGUCUCCCACGGGGUCCCUGAGCUCACUGGAGUCCUCCUCCGCUUUGGAGCUGGAACCCGAGCAACCCGGUUGUAAUCCCAGACCCUUCGUGGUUAAACUCACCCCGUGGUAUGGGGGAGGAGAGGAAGACACCAUCUUCUGA